AUGCUGCAGUACCACCCCGGGCCUGUGGGGGUGGACCCUGACAUGCUGCAGUACCACCCCGGGCCUGUGGGGGUGGACCCUGACAUGCUGCAGUACCACCCCGGGCCUGUGGGGGUGGACCCUGACAUGCUGCAGUACCACCCCGGGCCUGUGGGGGUGGACCCUGACAUGCUGCAGUACCACCCCAGGCCUGUGGGGGUGGACCCUGACAUGCUGCAGUACCACCCCGGGCCUGUGGGGGUGGACCCUGACAUGCUGCAGUACCACCCCGGGCCUGUGGGGGUGGACCCUGACAUGCUGCAGUACCACCCCGGGCCUGUGGGGGUGGACCCAGAAUAA